AUGUCGUGUCUUGCUUGCCGUUCCCGCAAGAUCCAGUGCGAUGCAACCAAGCCGCAGUGCCUGCGUUGUCUCAAGUCAGAUGUUCCGUGUUACUACAAACCGCAGCCUACUGAUUCUCUAGCUUGUGUACAGUGCAAGCGUGGACGACGUCGCUGCUCGCGAACAAAGCCUACAUGUGAUAGAUGCAGACAAUUAGGCAAAAAAUGCGAAUAUCCAUCCGCCGUGACAGUUCAGUCAAUUGAAGUCCUUGAUGCUCUUUAUGAUGCUCCAACAUCGGAAAUUGAGAUGCUCUGCGAAUCUACAAUGCAUAGAGAUCCGCCGUUCUUUGCUGGCAACUUCCUUGAUAGGCGAUUUAUAUGCAAAUUGCGCGAGGGCCAGGUCUCCAUGCCGCUUGCCAAGGCUGUGGCAGGACUGUCGCUUGAUCUCGUUGUUCCCGAGUACCGUCUGGUAAGCUUUUCCAACUACUGGUACGAGAGACUGCUUUCGGACUCUCUACUUUCGGUGCCCUCGCUCGAUCAUCUUCAAGCGCUCCUCAUAACACUGAUAUGCGCGCGCAGCUCAAUCAAGCACUUUCUCCUUAUUCCUGUACUUUCGCGUAUGGCCUAUGGGCUCAUACUGAAUCACGAGCUCAACUGGGUGAAGGACCCUUUUGAGAAAGAGCGUCGUCGCCGCAUGGUUUGGAAUAUUUUCGUUCUGGACAAGAUAUACGCAGCAGGAGUACCGGAAUUUGUGUCCUGCAACGUCGGUCUAUUGUCCAGCCGUCCGCCGUCAGCAGGUCUCACUUCAGAGCCCUCACCGUUUCGCACCCAGCUCCCGCGUUAUGUUGCACCUUUCAAUCUCUUUUCACUUGUUGUGCAUCUCGCACAGCUACAAUACAACACUUUGAACGCCGUAAAACUCGUUGAGAGCGGGACUGGAUCUCUUGAAGACGUCGCUCACGAUCUUCAUUUGACUUUGGAUUUACUUCCGGAUAACCUCCGGUAUUCUGCAGCAAACGUUGCGGCGCUACCGGCAAAUCAUAGAUCUCUCUUCAUCAACAUGCAUCUCCUGCUUUUGCUCAAUCAACGCGAAUUGAACAGACUUGAGGGGCCGGCCAGAUCGCUUGAUCUUGCGCUCGCCAUUUCCGCCAUUGCACGCGAUAACAGUCAUAUCCUUGCAAACUCACGCACAACUACCACGUUGGCAUUUGCACUAUUCGAGGCCUCAAAAAUCAUGCUUCAUGCUGGGCUCGACGUGAAAUCAAAUAUAGACGUCAUGACUGGCGCCAAAUGGGCAGACCCGAGCGUUGUGAACAUAUUUUUGCGCGAACUCUGCGAGGACCGCCUUUUCGGGGGUCUUCUCUCCCUGUCGGAGCUCCAUCCAGCACAUAAUCUUUCCUGGUGCAUUUAG